AUGGUCAAAGACCAGGAAGCAGUCGUCGAUCAUAUCGACCACCAAGAAAGUUCCAAAGGGGGGGUUUUUCAAAGCCAUCCUGACAAGUUUGGGUCUGCUGCUAAAGUUGAUCCCAAAGAAAUCGCCUUGGUUCGGAAAUUGGACACCUAUCUCAUGCCCAUUUUAUGGUUGAUGUACUUCCUGAACUUCCUUGACCGAAAUGCAAUUGUGAACGGCAAGCUCAAUAACCUGGACAACGAUCUCAACAUGAAAGGAUCCGAGUACAACACCUGCGUCAGCGUCUUCUUCGUUGGUUACAUCACGGGACAAGUUCCGUCGAACAUGCUGGUGACGCGCGUCAAGCCUGCAUACUACAUGUCCGGCUGGAUGAUGGCUUGGGCUAUUGUAUCAACUCUUAUUUGUGUUGUGAAGGACUAUCAUGGAAUGCUUGCACUGGUGCUUGGUCUCACUGAAGCACCUUUCUACUCGGGCGCUUGCUACCUCGUAAGCUUAUUUUACACGCGGAAAGAGGUUGCAACGCGACUCGCUGUAUUCUACACGGGCAACUUGCUUGCGAGCUCAUUCUCCGGUCUUAUUGCCGCUGGCGUCUUCGCCGGUCUAGACGGACGGCAUGGCAUGGCUGGGUGGAGAUGGCUGUUCCUGAUACAAGGUGUCGUCACAAUUGGUGUUGCCGUGGUGGCUUUCUUCGUACUUCCCAAUGCCCCGCUCCAGACGCGAUGGCUCACUCAAGAAGAACGCGAGAUGGCUCAUUCGCGGGUUGCAAAGGACACGACAGAAAAACGACAGGGAACCAGCAUUUGGUCUGGUCUCUGGGAUGCCGUCACGGAUUAUCGCACCUGGGUCUUCGCUCUUAUGGGAAAUCUCCACCUCUCGGCAAACAACUUCAAGAACUACUUGCCGACAGCUGUCAAGUCACUUGGCUUCAGUACCACGACGACGCUGGUACUCACCUGUCCACCGUAUCUCAUAGGAGGAGCGACGUCCGUUCUGGUGUCAUGGUCCUCAGGAAGGUUCAACGAACGUACCUGGCACAUCACAGGUUCCAAGGCAGUCGCGAUCGUCGGCUUCGCAGUAGCAACGAGUACAAUACACAUUGGCGCACGCUACUUCGCCAUGGUUCUGUUUGUGGCGGCUACGUAUGGAGUGAACAACAUUAAUGUCGCGUGGACGUCAGCAACGGUCGGCCAGACUGACGAAAAGAAAGCUGCCGCAAUCGCCAUUGUCAAUACGUUUGGCAAUCUGUCUUUUGUCUACACCCCUUAUCUAUGGCCGGAUAGUGAUAGCCCCCUUUUCCGUAGAGCCAUGGUCGCCAGCAUCACCUUCUCCCUGGGUGUGGUCUUAACUGCAUGGACUAUGAAGUUCGUCUUGAAACGCGCUAAUAGGGAGAUCAGAAGCACACAAGAUGAAUCGAUCAAUUUAUACGCAUACUAG